AUGAUGGAGUCGGUCAAAGGUGAUUCUUCAGACAUGACGGCCGCGAUCAUACCGCUACUUGCAUACCACCAUAAUGCAAAGAACUGGUUCUUGCAGGUAGAAUCGAUCUUUUCCAUGUUACGCAUAAGUUCACAGCGAGCCAGAUUCGCAAACGUAAUGCAGAAACCCCCAUCCGAUAUGAUGGACGAGAUUUCUGAUGUCCUCUCCGAUUUGCGCGAACAUGAACCCGUUAACGUAGUUCACCCUUCCGAUACAGCAAAACACGAACGCUACGAGCGGAACGAGACAGAACAGGCGUUGGCCGACCUGCAAAGACAAAUUCGAGAAAUUCAGAUCUCCCUGCGCCCACGGACAAGGAAACCAACCCUAUCUCGACAACAAAGGAGUCGAACCCCCAGCCGAGAACGGCGAAGCGAUCAGGGCAUGUGUUGGCAAGACCCGCGAGAAGUUUUCCAGCGGCUCUCACACUAUGGUCUAAAGCUGAACUUGGACAAGUGCGUUUUCGGAACGCCCAGUGUCGAUUUUCUCGGGCACCACACCGACGCUAACAACAUAGCACCUCUGCCAGACAAGAUCAGCUCGAUCCGGGAUUUUCCUACACCAACGUCCAUCAAACAAUUGCGACGUUUCCUCGGUAUGAUGAAUUUGUAUCGUCGAUUCAUCCAAAAUUGUGCCACUAUUCUUCAGCCACUGACGAACCUACAGCAGAAAAAGAAUAAGGACAUCGCAUUGGGUGGGGGGGAUGCUCUGCACGCAUUCCAUACGGCGAAGAACGCAUUAGCCAAUUUCACUAGGCUUUCGCAUAUUAACGACGAUCCGAAGAUGCGACUGUCCCUGACAACCGACGCGUCGGACGAAGGAGUGGCGCUGUAG